AUGGCGACAUCUUUUUCAGACUGGCAGAGAGAGAAAAGACUGGUAGAGAGAGUAAACAGAUUGGCAGAGAGAGAAAACAGACUGGUGACUGGCAGAGAGAGUAAACAGUCUGACAGAGAGAGAAUACAGACUGACAAAAGAGAAAACAGACUGGCAGAGAUAGAAAACAGACUGGCAGAGAUAGAAACUAGACUGGCAGAGAGAGAAAACAGACUGGCAGAGAUAGAAACUAGACUGGCAGAGAGAGAAAACAGACUGGCAGAGAGUACAGAGAGAGAAAACAGACUGGCAGAGAGAGUAAACAGACUGGUAGAGAGAGAAAACAGACUGGUAGAGAGAGAAAAC